AAGCGAGCUCAGUGGCGGGUGAGCCACUCACCCGUUGGUCUACCACCUCAUACAGGUGACAGGUACUUGCGUCAGAAGGUGCACAAGGUUGUGUACAAGCAGGUGCUUGUUGUCCACCAUACAACACAUUUUGUCACCGAUUUCUGAGACUGAGGUCAUGACUGACUGGAACGAGCGAGCUGAGGCCCUGGCGUUGAAGAAGGAGAUCCAGGCCAUCAGGGACGACCUCAACAGGCACCACAGGAACGUCAACGUUUCUCGAGUGACAGGAAGCACUGUUGCCAUCGCAACGGGAGUGCCUGCAGCAGCCUGCGCCAUCGCCGCCCCCUUUACAUUGGGAGUAACCUUAAUAUUAGCCAUCGUCCUGGGGAUCAUCGCCGCCGUCGGUGGAGGUGUGUCUGUCGGCGCUGCAGUCGCAGAAAUCUUCAUCAGGAGGCACAAUGUCAAGGAAGUGCAGGCGAGGUGGGAAACGUUUCGUGAGAAGUUUCUCGCGAGACAUGAAGAAUUAGGUGACAUAGUACAAAAUCUGAACGCACAGACGAGUGGAACCUCCAUCACGACUGACGACCAGUCUAUCAAAACUGCUGUGCACGGCGCUGGUGAGGCUGUGAGAACGGCCGGGGGCAUCUCCAGUGCAGUUGUUCGCGGAGUUCUGAGAACGACAUCCUCAGGCAUCAGAGUCACAGCACCACUGCUGUCUGUUGUGAGCGCAAUCGCCAUUCCGCUGGACAUCUACGACCUCGUGACCUCCGCUCUUCGUCUGCGCAGAGGCGCACCUUCCAUUGUCUCCGAGUCUCUCGCUCAAAUCAUUGAGUUCCUUGAUAGUGUGGCCGACGGCUCUUUUGAUGAUUUAUUUGACCUUGACAGAGAGCUUAACAAUGACAAUAUGAAUAACGAUGACAAUGACCCUUUAAUUUUGGAUGCUGGUGAUUUUUUAUGCCGCUUCAGAUCUUUUGAUUCUACUGUGCUUACUCUUAAAGACUAAGACUUUUAUUUGUAAAAAAAAAAAAAAGGAAAAGAAACAAAAUGUAGAUAUGAGCUAUUCCUGGCAAGUCACUUUAGAGUAACAUUUACCCUUGCUGAUUAGUUUUCAAUACAUUUACUUAUAUUCUCGCUGUAGCAAUGCUUCGAGAUGAGUUCUUUCAUGAUCACAAUUAGUUUAAUAUAUGUACAGCCUUCAACAACAACGCCCAGUGUAAGGAGCUCGAGUGCAUUAUGUUUAUUUAAAGUGCUUGAAUGUAAAGCAUUCGUUCACUUUCUGUUCCCGUGGACACAAUAUGAAUGACUAGUCCACGUGCUUAGUCCUACCUGCUUUGUCCUUCGACUGCUGCAACAUCUUCCUCGUCCUCCGAGGAUGUGCAGUCGAUGUCAGUGUGAGCUGAUGCAAUUGGUUCAAACUGUUUUGGUUGGACAUUACUCAUAGCCAUCUUGACGGCUAAUAAAUUUCAAUGCUACUAAUAAAACUACCGAGACACCACCGAUCACGAGUUCAAAUCCUAGCAAUGACCUCAGACACUUCCAGUCUUGGUCCUACGUCACACGCAAGUCUCGAGAAGAUAUCGUGACUACUCGGCCACAACGAUCGAUUUCACUGAAUUUUUUCGAUUUUUAUAAACAUCGGCAACCAAAAUAGUGCUAAUAAGUGGUAAUUAAGUGAGAAACUAACUUUUGUUUCUUCUGCAUUGCUCUCAGGCAUUGCAUUCGUAACUAAAUAUAAUUUUAAAAUGUUUUGACCGUCAUCACAGCCUUAUCACAGCCUUCAGUAUAACUUUAAGAGACAAACUGAAUUUAUAGCCUUCUGGUGAUUAACUGAAAUCAAGGCACAUUUAUACUCAAGAAACAUUUUUAUUUCAAGCUGUAGGAUUUCACAAUUGCUGAACGGGUAUUUUGCGUUUUUUCACUUUACAGUUUUGGCCAGGUUUCAUCUUAAAAUUUUCCUUCAUUAUCGUAUCAGUCAAAAGAUUCUAAUACUUUGGGUACUAACCUAACUGUACAAUCUCUGACCGUAUUCAUGGAGCGAGAACAAGAAAAAAAAAUGAAGUAAUGAGAUAUUCCUGACAAAUUCCUUUAGAGUAACAUUUCCACUGAAUGAGUAGUUUUCAAUAGUUACAUUCUCGCUGUAGCAAUGCUUCGAGAUUAGGUUCUUUCAUGGUCACAAUUAGUUUAAUGUAUUCAAUGGCCGCCGAGAGCGAACAAGCCCCGGGGCGCUGAUUUAUUUUUCGCAAAGGUCGCAGUGAAGGGAAAAACUUCGGGAACCUUCGGAAGCGUGACGUCAGCGAGCUGAGCCGACCACACUGAGUAAAAACCUCCACUUCACUCUUUGCCAGCCAUGAAACUUGUUCUGGGGUUAAUUCAACAACUUUUAAACACUAGGAAGGGAGGCAUAAAGUGAAUUGCGACAAGCAAAAUAACUCAAGGCCUGCAACUGGUAACAGGUAAAAUAAAUGAGGACCGAACACAACACGGACGAUGAUAACUUCAAGUAGGUUUGAUUAGAGGACUUCGUGAGCUACGCUUCUGUAGCCUAGUGGUUGCAAACAGCGGCUUUAGUUUGAUAAGUGAAGUGUUCUAAACUCGG